AUGGAGUUAGAAGCUUCCUCUUCCACUUCGACUCUAGAAAGGAGUGCGGCGACGUCAGCCAAAACACCGAUAGUGCAUGACCCCAACAAACUAAACACUUUAAUUUCCGACUACACUGUUGCACUGAGCUUUAUUCAGAGAGGAUUCUCGUUUGCUGCAGAUGCGGCCAUUGACAUUGAAGAAGUUGAAGAGGAGGUCGAACCAUUCGAUGAAGCAAUGAAGCAACUUCUUGACUAUGAAUACGAGCUACAAAAUCAGAAACGUAUAAUGGAGAAUAUGCGCACUAGGCUGUUCAAGAGAGAACAGAUUGCAUGUCUUAUUAUUCCCAAUCUUUUGGAGCAUUAUGAGAGCGAAGUAAAUAAAAAAAUGCGAGAAUAUGAAGAUACACCUGAUGAGACCAAAUAUCAUCAGAAUCCUAAUUACCUAGAAUUCAGACAAAAAAUAUGGGAAGUCAAACAUCCCGAUGCGCCUAUGCCACCAAUUGGAAGGGAAGAAGAAAAUGGUGACGACGAUGUAAUAAUAUCCACUGAAAGGCAAUCUCUAAUCUGCCCCCUUACCACCAAGAUAUUUGAAGAGCCUAUGACGAGCACAAAGUGUAGACAUAGCUUCUCAAAAAAUGCUAUUCUGGCUUAUAUAAGGGCUAACAGCCAAGCGAAAUGUCCAACUCCAGGCUGUGAUAAAAUUCUCACGGAAAACGAUAUAAAAUUGGAUAAAUCAUUAGCACGAAGAUAUACUAAUGUGGAGUGA